AUGAGACCUCGGUGUACAAACCGACAAUGGGCUUUUAUGCUGCCCAGUGACCGCACUUUGCGGGAUCGAUAUUUGCGCGCGAAAAGGCGUAUCGGACAAAUUGAUCAAAGGGUUUGUCCUGUGGAGCGUACACAAAAUGAGAUCUCAAAUCGUACAAUAUGUGAACCGUUGCCAUACACCGAAGCAACAGGGCGUUUGUGCACUAAUGACAUGCAGUUACAGAAUGCGGUAGCGCAGCGGAGUACAAUGGCAGUGCCAACCAUUGCUAGUGGUGUAUUGGUUUCAUCAUCAGAAUUGGAAGCGGAGCAAGCACUUAGCUGCAGGGACGCGGAUCGCAUUGGCACCACUGAUGUCAUGGAAGACUUAAGACAAUGGGUGCGAAGCACACGACCCAGCAUUUCUUCCGUGAACAAGUUGCUUGCGGCCCUUCGCAGGAGCAUGCCUUGGAUACCGAAAGAUUACCGAACGCUUAUGAGAACUCCAAGGAAUGCGCAGACCAUUAGCAUUGGUGCCGGUGCAUAUGGACACAUUGGGCUGCUGCGUGGUCUACGCAGUAUCUACCAGGAUGGUGACAUACAGCCGCCGGAAAGGGUUGUUGUCCAGCUGCACAUAGAUGCUUUCACCCCGUUCAACUCCUCGAAAAUGCAGAUCUGGCCGAUUCAGUGUCGAUCUAUUUACCCCGUGAAGUCAAAACCAUUUGUUGUCGGUGUUUACGGUGGUCCUGAGAAACCCGAUGUGAUUGAAUUUCUAACUCCCCUGAUACGUGAUUUGCAGGUGCUGCUGUCAACGGGUUUCACGCUUGCUGCAUGCUCCAGGCCCACAUCUGUUGAAUUAGGGGCUGUUAUAUGCGAUGCGCCUGCUCGAGCAUAUGUGAAGAGGACCAAGGGGCACUCAGGGUACAGCAGUUGCGGCAAAUGCAUUCAGAAAGGUACUUAUGUCAACCGGAAGGUUACAUUCCCAUCUACUACAUGCCGCCUUAGGUCGCAUAA